GUGAACCCCGCGAUUCGCAGGGUUGCAAGGGUAGGUUCACAAGGCAGGAACCACUUACUACACCAUCCAUCUUCAAGAAAAUAUUCGCUUCUUUGACAUGCCUGGGAUGGUUCUCCUUUCUAUUUCAAGAUAUGAAAGUGUAUGAGUACGGCGAUGACAAUGCCCCCUCAACCACCAUCGACCCCUGAUCCCGACACUACCAACUCCCUCCCCCUCGACCAAUCCCACAUCCUACUCACAUCAUUCAACUCCUUUCUCACCGUUGCAAUUCACAACGUUCUAUACUACCGAAACAUCUACCCGCCAGCCACCUUCCUCUCCACCAAAGCCUACAACCUCCCGGUGCACCAAAACCGCCACCCCAAAGUGUGCACCUGGAUCCGCGAUGCCGUUGACGCAGUCGCGGCACAGCUCUCAGCCGGGCAUGUGUCUCGAAUCGCAAUAGUGAUCCACUCACCUCUAGACGCAGCGCUGCCCUUGAGGAAACCAGGCCCGUCUCCUCCAUCCCAAUCCCAAUCGCAAUCCCAGUCCCAGUCUCAAAGCGACGACCAACAACUGCGUCCCGGCAGUGUGCUCGAACGCUGGCUGAUCGACACGUCGCGCUUCCCGGCCUGGCCCGCACCCUCCGGCAGCGGCAGCGGCAGCAGCGUCUCCAGCAAAGCGAUGCGCGACUUCUCGCGGGUGCUAGCCAGGGAGGCGCGGUCCGAGGAGACGCGCGCACAGCUGUCGACCGAGAACAACUCGGACGGGCUCGCCUGGCCCGACCUCGACGAGCAGUUCCGCGGCGCGCUGCGGCGCAUGGCACACGUCGCCGAGGGCAUGUCGCCGCUCCCUGAAGGGUGUACCUUUACCGUUGCGGUGGAGCUGGACGAGGAAGGCAAGGCGCCUAUUGGGCACCCGCAGGCGUGGAUUCCUUCCGAGCCAAACCUCCAGCCUGCCUCCAGAUCGAGGGAGCACGACGGGCAGGAUAUAGGGGGCGUGAGGACACGGCCGAUCCGGUCGGUGGAGGCGGGGCCGCUGUUCUUCGAGUGCUGGGUUGAGGAGGGAAAGGCGAGGGACAUGUUGAUGAGAAUGGGAGGAAUGGAAAAAGGGAAAAGCCAGGCGUCGACAGACUCGACACAGCGCUUUUGAAUCAUCUACCCGGAGCAACCUAAUGAUACUUAACUAGCAAUAAAACUUGACUGCC